CCUCCUGGGCCCUUUCCGGUCGCUCCGCACCACAGACACAUAGAUGCGAGUGGCACGUGGUUUCUCAGGGAUGGUCACCUCCUAAGCUAAAUCUCUCCGGUCAGUGUACUCUUUGCGCGACUCCUGCAUUCCGUUCCCUCAGGUCCCCUCUGAGGCGCAAGGAGACAUUGGUGGCGUGGAGUCCUAGUUAAGGGCGUGGCCAGCGACAGGCCCGCCCCGUUCUGUGACGCACUAGGUGGCGCGCGGGCGGGUAGUGGGUGUGGAAGGGAGGGGGGUGGCACCGGCCUUACUUGGAGACCUGGAGGCCGGGGCCGCCUCCCAACGCCCAUCUGCCGGCUUCUCUGGCUCCAUCAAUUCGGAGGAGCGGCGGCGACCUCGGCCUCCAGUGUCCCCGGCGGAGUGUAGCGCAUCCGCAGCCGCCGCCGCCGCCGCCUCAGCCGCCGCCACAAUGGUGCUUCUGGGUUUCCUGCAGGCGGGAGGGUCCGUGCUGGAGCAGGCGAUGGAGCAGGUGACUGGCGGCAACCUGCUCUCCACGCUGCUGGUCGCCUGCGCCUUCACGCUCAGCCUGGUCUACCUGUUCCGCCUCGCUGUCGGCCACGUGGUCCCGCUGCCCCCGGGGGCGAAAAGUCCACCAUACAUUUUCUCCCCAAUUCCAUUCCUUGGGCAUGCCAUAGCAUUUGGGAAAAGUCCAAUUGAAUUCCUAGAAAACGCAUAUGAGAAGUAUGGACCUGUAUUUAGUUUUACCAUGGUGGGCAAGACAUUUACUUACCUUCUGGGGAGUGAUGCUGCCGCACUGCUUUUUAAUAGUAAAAAUGAAGACCUGAAUGCAGAAGAUGUCUACAGUCGCCUCACAACACCUGUGUUUGGAAAGGGAGUUGCAUACGAUGUGCCUAAUGCGGUUUUCUUGGAACAGAAGAAAAUGUUAAAAAGUGGCCUUAACAUAGCCCACUUUAAACAGUAUGUUUCAAUAAUUGAAAAAGAAACAAAGGAAUAUUUCCAAAGUUGGGGAGAAAGUGGAGAAAAAAAUGUGUUUGAAGCUCUUUCUGAGCUUAUAAUUUUAACCGCUAGCCAUUGUUUGCAUGGAAAGGAAAUCAGAAGUCAACUCAAUGAGAAGGUGGCCCAGCUGUAUGCAGAUCUGGAUGGAGGUUUUAGCCAUGCGGCCUGGCUCCUGCCAGGAUGGCUACCGCUGCCUAGUUUCAGACGCAGGGACAGAGCUCACCGAGAGAUCAAGAAUAUUUUCUACAAGGCAAUCCAGAAACGCAGGCAGUCAACAGAAAAAAUUGAUGACAUUCUCCAAACUUUACUAGAUUCUACAUACAAGGAUGGGCGGCCUUUGACAGAUGACGAAGUCGCAGGCAUGCUUAUCGGGCUGCUCUUGGCUGGACAGCAUACAUCUUCAACUACCAGUGCCUGGAUGGGCUUCUUUUUAGCCAGAGACAAAACACUUCAAGAAAACUGUUACUUAGAACAGAAAACCGUCUGUGGAGAGAAUCUGCCUCCCUUAACUUAUGACCAGCUCAAGGACUUAAGUUUGCUUGACCGCUGCAUAAAAGAAACAUUAAGACUUAGACCUCCCAUCAUGACUAUGAUGAGAAUGGCCAAAACUCCUCAGACUGUGGCAGGGUAUACCAUUCCUCCAGGACAUCAGGUGUGUGUUUCUCCCACUGUUAAUCAUAGACUGAAAGACUCAUGGAUAGAGCGUCUGGACUUUAAUCCUGAUCGCUACUUACAAGAUAACCCAGCAUCAGGAGAGAAGUUUGCCUAUGUACCAUUUGGAGCUGGGCGUCAUCGUUGUAUUGGGGAAAAUUUUGCUUAUGUUCAAAUUAAGACAAUUUGGUCCACUAUGCUCCGUUUAUAUGAAUUUGAUCUCAUUGAUGGAUAUUUCCCCACUGUGAAUUAUACAACCAUGAUUCACACCCCUGAAAACCCAGUAAUCCGUUAUAAACGAAGAUCAAAAUGAAAAAGGCUGCAAGGAACUAACACGUGACACAUCACUGUAAAGAUGCAAAGGCAUUUGCAGAGAAUGAAGUUCAUGAAACAACUCUGUGUAAUGUUUUCUUGUGUAAUUCUAAAGCCAAUAUGAAGAUUUUCUUAAAUGACUGAUACUGUUAAGUAUAAUGACAUUGAAACAUUUUUUCUAACAGUUUUGAUACUAUGUGCUUUCAGGAUGUUGUGUUCAUUUAAAAAAAAUUAGGGGAUCUAGGUAACUGACAGAUUUUAAAUGGUAGUUUCCAGGUACCAGUUUUAAAAGCACAAAUAGCUUUGGUAUAAAAGUCUACUGAAAUACUUCAAAAGGCUGUAAUUCUUUUACCUGGGUAGUUUUUGUGUAUAAAGAUGGGGUGGGUGGGAAUAAACUGACAGUCAAAGCCUUAGGUAUGGGACUAGUCUAUUGUUCUGAUAUGAUACUGAGUAGUGGUGGAGCUUUGCUAUAGAAAAAUGUGUCCUUUGCAAAUUUUACUUGAAGCAUUGUUAUAUGAAGUUGAGAGAUCUAGAGCCAUGUCUGGAUAAUCAUAUUUCCUAAAAAUAACACCUUAAUACUAAAUAGUGCUUAUGUAUAAUAAAUAUGUAUUUGGUUCCACAAGUCCACAUUUGUAUCAAAUUCACAAAUCAAAUCCUUAGGGAAUGUUUAUUAUUUGACUCAAGGUUGAUCCUAGAAUUCGGUCACCAGAAUCCAAGGAGGGAUGUUUUAUUACCAGUUCUGCUGAACAGUUAAACCAAGAUCAAAGGGUUCUUGGGAGAUGGUGUCGCUGGUCAUAUUCUGUGUUCAGGAAUUGACUUAACUCACAAUGUAAAUGGAGCCUAACUGUAUGAGAUACCUGUCACCUGUUAUUUUUUUCUUGCUGGGCCCGGUGGCCCACAUCUUAUCCCAACACUUGGGAGGUUGAGGCAGGAAGAUCAUGAGUUUGAGGCCAACUUGGGCUACACAGUAAGACUGCCUCAAAUUUUUUUUUUCUCAUGUAUAUUAUAGUUGAGGCUAGAGGAUUCAUGUUAAAGUUGUGAAAAGAGUAUUAACAUUUCACAUUAAAAUUCUCUUUGAGAGAGCCUGCUUGGA